AGUCACAGGCAUGCUUUCUUGAUUCAAAAAGAUGAAAGAUAAAUAAUGUGCGUUUGUGUGUAUGUCCAGGCAGAUGGAAUGUGGAAGUGUGCAACCCUCUCCCCUCUCCAUCUCCAUCUCCAAAACCCUCUUUCCUUUUCUUCUCUCUUAAUGGGAAAUCAUUAAACAAUUCUAACAUCACAUCAUACCCUGUUUGCUAUAUUCCCAUCUCCAUUCUCAUUCCACCAGCUGAAGAAAAGCCUUCUAAUUCUUCUCUUGCCAUGUUAAGUUUAGAGAGAGAAGGGUUUUGAGCAGAGAAGAGUACCAAGAAACACUGUUGCAUUUCAGUCUCUGACUCUCUUUCAAAAGAUUCUGUCUUUAUUUUUAUUUUUUUUAGUCCUCCAUAAUUGAUUCAAUGGGAGCUCGUUGCUCCAAGCUUGGGUUUUGUUUCUGGUCUUCAAACAUCGAUUCCAAUAUCCCACGUUCCUCUGAUCUUGACAAAGGUGGAGAGACUGAGCAGGGGAAAUGGCCAGCUUUCAGAGAGUAUGGGUUAGAUGAGCUCAAAAUUGCCACCUCAGGGUUCUCUGUGGACAACAUUGUAUCUGAACAUGGCGAGAAGGCUCCAAAUGUUGUGUAUAAAGGCCACCUCGAAGACGGCGGCCAUUUGAUCGCCGUUAAGCGUUUCCACAAGUCCGCCUGGCCCGAUGCUCGCCAGUUCCUUGAUGAAGCAAGAAUGGUGGGGCAGUUGAGAAGCGAGCGGCUGGCGAACUUAUUAGGGUGCUGCUAUGAGGGGGAUGAUAGAUUGCUUGUUGCAGAAUUUAUGCCUCACGAGACACUGUCGAAACAUUUGUUUCAUUGGGAUACCCAACCGCUGAAAUGGGCAAUGAGGUUAAGAGUUGCUUUGUAUUUGGCACAAGCGUUGGAUUAUUGCACCGGUAAGGGGAGGGCACUAUAUCACGACCUCAAUGCCUACAGAGUUCUCUUUGAUCAAGAAGGUAAUCCAAGGCUCUCGUGCUUUGGCUUAAUGAAGAACAGUCGAGAUGGAAAGAGUUAUAGUACAAAUCUGGCCUUCACCCCUCCGGAGUAUUUAAGAACAGGCAGAAUAACGCCUGAGAGUGUAGUUUUCAGUUUUGGCACCCUGUUGCUUGAUCUUCUUAGCGGAAAGCAUAUUCCACCGACCCAUGCACUUGACUUGAUACGUGGAAAGAAUUAUCUGGUGUUGAUGGAUUCGUGUUUGGAGGGUCACUUCUCAAAUGACGAAGGAACUCAAGUAGUGCGAUUGGCUACGCGUUGUUUGCAGUAUGAACCUCGGGAGAGACCAAAUGUCAAAUCCCUUGUUACCAAUCUUACUUCUCUUCAGAAAGAAGCAGAUGUGGCAUCACAUGUUUUGAUGGGCAUGUCUCAAGAAACACCAGCUCAGGAACAAUCACCGAGAUUAUCACCUCUCGGUGAAGCUUGUUCAAGAGUCGAUCUAACUGCCAUCCACGAAAUUCUUGAAACUACUGGAUACAAAGAUGAUGAAGGGGUUGCCAAUGAGCUCUCGUUUCAGAUGUGGACUGGUCAAAUACAGGACACUUUAAAUAGUAGGAAACGAGGUGAUACUGCUUUCCGGGCUAAAGAUCUUACAACUGCCAUUGAUUGUUACACAGAGUUUAUAGAGGGCGGCACAGUUGUGUCCCCAUCUGUGCUCGCGAGACGCUCUCUGUGUUACCUGAUGAGCAAUAAGCCACAGGAAGCGCUUGCAGAUGCUAUGCAAGCUCAGGCGGUGUAUUCUGAAUGGCCCACCGCCUUCUAUCUUCAAGCAGCCGCCCUCUUCAGCCUGGGAAUGGACUCUGAUGCGCGGGAGACACUGGGGGAUGGAGCUGCGCUGGAAGCCCGAAGAAAAAGACACUAAAAACUGUAUAGAUAUUUCUUGUUCUAUUAAACUCCUUGCUGCACUAAUCGCCUUCCAUUUACCCAACCCAUGAAAAUAUUUGACAGUAUGCUGAAGAAACAAAGAUUCAUUCUUGCUUUCAUCAGAAUGGAGGUGAUGAUUAUCUUGUAUUUUUUUUUUUCAGCUUAGAGAUUUGAAUGUCUGCAAAUGAAAACAGAUUUUCUUUUGGCUUCUGUGA